GGAUAUCAAAAUAGACAUUUAUACACCAUUCGAUAGAGAAUUUCAAGAGCUAUAUUUUGCACUAUUUAUAUUUGAAAAACGAGAAAUUUCGAUUUUUCGCCAAAUUUCCGCUUGGAUGCCCACUGUGGGCCGGUCCGGUGUAAAAGUUUAGACCGGUCGGUCUCCACUGGUCUUUCGCCGGUCUAGAAAUAUUUUCAAACCGGCCGGUGAUCGACCGGUUUUAAAUUCUUAGCAUUUUUGUCUUCUUCGUUGAAGAAAACUGACCUGUUCUUCAGACACUAAAUUUAAGACAAAUGACUUAACAUGCAAUAACCUAUAAUUAAAAUAAGAGCAUACCAGACUAUUUUCUUCUUCUUUUGUUUCUUAGUCAUUCUUUGAUAGUGAUACGGAAAAGGAUUAAUCCCUAUCUAGCUAUAGGUAUUAGCGUCAUGUUUUCCGUAUCACUAUUAAAGACUAAGACUGAAAACUCCUUCGUUAUCUCUCUCUUCAGCUUCCACAACAGUAGCAACAACAACAUUCACACCUCCACUGGAGAAAAUAAAGAAAGAUGAUCCAUUUGCCAGUAUGCGAACGAAUCGAUCUGGUGAUUCUUCCACACAACCACAAGUUUCAUUUCAAGACGAAAUAAAAAAACAAAUACAACUCUAUGAAAAUUCAGCAACUUACAGCUCAUCACAAGACAAUAACCCUUUAGUUUUCUGGAGAGAACAACAACAAAUUCUUCCUAUCUUAGCUAAAAUUGCAAAAUCUAUUUAUGUUAUUCAAGCAUCGUCCGCUGAAUCUGAAAGACAUUUUUCAACAAGUGCACAAAUUGCCACUAAACAACGAUCACAAUUAGAUCCUGAAUGUGUUGAAUCGUUAGUAGUUCUGAAAGAAGCAUAUUUAAAUAAUAACUGGCUAAAAAAAUAA